CCACUAUAUCACUUCGAUAAUAGCCCCAUCAUGUCUCUAAAAUCUGUACUGCCGGUUUAGCCGCGCUCGCAAACGGACGUGGCUAGGCCUCCACUUUUACCUUCACCGUCCACAAACGGCAAUCCUUUGUGUUCCCAAGGUUAUUUAAACGUCAAAUAGUGAAAUGUGUCAAAAAUGUCAAAUCGGAAUUUUGGUGUUUUGCCUGAUUAGUGGCGGGAUUGCGCUCGAAAAUGGCCUGGCGCGGACGCCCCCCAUGGGCUGGCUGGCUUGGGAGCGCUUCCGGUGCAAUACCGACUGCAAAAACGAUCCCGAAAACUGCAUCAGCGAGAACUUGUUCCGGACGAUGGCUGAUAUCGUGAUUUCGGAGGGCUACGCGGCCGCGGGGUACGAAUAUAUCAAUGUUGAUGACUGCUGGCUUGAGAAAGAAAGGGACAGGUUCGGGCAACUUGUCCCGGACAGACAGCGGUUCCCUCGAGGGAUGAAAGCACUAGCCGACUAUGUGCACUCCAAAGGGCUCAAAUUCGGGAUUUACGAAGACUUUGGUAACUACACCUGUGCAGGGUAUCCCGGAGUUCUGGGUUAUUUAAGAACGGACGCUGAGACGUUUGCGUCCUGGGACGUGGAUUACGUCAAACUGGACGGUUGUUACGCCCAUCCCAGUGAGAUGGACCGGGGCUAUCCCGAAUUCGGGUUCUACUUGAACCAAACUGGGAGAGCAAUGAUGUAUUCCUGCAGUUGGCCCGUUUACCAAAUUUACGCAGGAAUGCAGCCCAACUUCACUUCAAUCAUCGAACAUUGUAAUUUGUGGCGAAAUUUCGACGAUAUCCAGGACUCCUGGGCCAGUGUUGAAAGUAUUAUUGAUUAUUAUGGGAAUAAUCAGGAUGUGAUUGUUGCUAAUGCGGGACCAGGACAUUGGAACGACCCAGACAUGUUGAUUAUCGGAAAUUUCGGUCUGAGUUACGAGCAGAGCAAGACCCAGAUGGCCAUUUGGGCCAUCCUGGCAGCCCCCUUGCUCAUGUCGGUCGACUUGCGCUCGAUCCGGCCCGAGUACAAAGCCAUUUUGCAAAACAAAAAAAUCAUAGCCGUCGAUCAAGAUCCGUUGGGCAUUCAAGGAAGGCGUAUAUACAAGCAUAAAGGUAUCGAAAUUUGGUCGAGACCGAUCACUCCUCUCUACCAGAAUUAUUUCUCCUAUGCGAUCGCAUUUCUGAACAGGAGAACGGACGGAACGCCUUCAGAUGUAGCGGUCACGCUGAAGGAAUUGGGUUUGACGUCACCGACGGGCUACAGAGUCGAGGAUCUCUACGAAGAUGUGGAUUAUGGAGUUUUGUCUUCGCAAACGAAAAUCAAAGUGAAAGUCAACCCAUCCGGUGUCGUAAUUUUAAGAGCCGAUGUACAAAACGAUUUUAAAAGAAGAAUUCCCUACUAUACGACGCAACGAACGAUUUAUAAUCCAUUAAGUCAAGUUUUCAGAAUACGAAAUAACGGAUUUUAAUGUAAAUACGACGUAAAUUAUAAUAAUUUUAGGUACAGGUUUUUUACUUUUUUAAAUUUUAUUUACAAAGUACGAAAUAAAUUGUUAGUCCAAA